AUGAACAGAGUUAGAGCUCUGAUGCCUUGGUGGUGCUAUGAUGACUCCUGGCACAGGACCCUUUCUCAGUAUCUGCUGAAGUUCCUAGGAUACAUCCUCUGGUGUUCUGCUGCAGCUCUGGGCCUUGGUGGACUUUCUGUGAUCCUGAUGUGUGGGAACUACAAAUCUUUACUUCAGGAGUCUUUCUUGUCUCUCUCUGGCUGGUUGGCUGUAGCAGUUGCAAUUUUCUUACUACCUACUGGAUUGCUGGCUAUGUCUCUUUCUGCUAAGAGCACCCGUUACAGACAAGGGACUCUCAUGUACUUGCUGUUGAUCCUUCUUUGCUUAGAAGUGUCUUCAGCGGUUCUGGCACGGUUCCACUCUCUUCAGGCAUCUUCUGAGCUGAGAAGCGCUAUGCGUUACCUUGUCAGCCAAUACAAUGGGACACUCUCCAAGGAUCCUAGUGGCAGAGUCAUGGAUAAGAUGCAGAGGAGGCUGCGCUGCUGUGGAGUCCAAAACUACACAGACUGGCUGAAGACAACAGAUUCCUCUUGGCAUCUUCCAGGUGAAAGCCAUCGUGUCCCUAAAAGCUGCUGUAAGGAGAGGUCUUCUGGCUGCACAGGUGAUGUGAGUCAUUUGGACCUGAUUUUUCAGGAAGGCUGUCUGAAGAAGCUAGAAAACUGGUUUCAAUUCCUCUUGCUUUAUGUGUUUUGGUGCUGUGUGAUACUCAGUGUCUUAGGGCUGUUGAUCAUUGUCAUCAAUGGCCUGCUCAUGAGACACCAGGCUUUCUCUAGUUUCCAGUUAUUGGACUCCUAUACCUUCAUAUAG